AUGCCACUGCUGAAAAAAACACCCAAGGAGGAGGAGGAGGAUGGCGAUCCCUUCGCCGCCAACCCUGAGAGCCGCUACUGCCGUCGGGCCACCCUGGAGCGCCUAGUGGGUCUGGCACCCUUCGGCCGCACCCGCCGCCCCCCCCCCAAAGAUGGGGAUGGGGACAGUGGCCAGGCGCGGCGGCGGUCGGAGGAUUUCGGGCUGCUGCGGCGGCUGCCGGGGCGGCGCAAGGCCAGCGUGGAGGCACUGGCGGAAAGACCGGUCCCCAAGCGCAGCUCACUGCUACGGCUGGCCUUGGGGACACGGGGACGGCGGGCAUCCACAGGCGAGCGCUCUCCAACGGUGGAGAGCGAGGGGGUGUCUGAUGGGGACCAGGACAGCGGGGGACAGCGGCAGGAGGGGCGCGGAAAGGCCAGGGAGCCGCUCUCGGUGCUGGAGAUCCUGGAGCUGAUCCAGCGGCGGGAGCUGGUGGCGGCUGACGAGCAGAUCAUCGCGCUGGAGGCAGAGUGCAUGGCCUCCUGCCCAUCCCUGUCCCCGUCAGUUGUCCCUGCAGCUGGGCGGCAGGCGCGGGACGUGGCGCUGCUCUACGAGGCACUGCUGGCGCAGCUCUGGGCAGUGGUGGGUGAAGCGGUGCCCGCCGGGCGCCCCUACCCGCCCUUGCGCUCGGUGAUCCGGGUGCUGGAGCAGGAGGAGGCGGCCGACAGCCGGCACCCGCCGGGCACCCCAGGGCGCCCACGCGCCCUCCGGCGCCGCUGGCUGGUGGGCGAUCUGGGGGCUGUGCGGUGCCACGUGGCACCCGCUUACCCCCCCGAGUACGGCGCCUUCGGGGUCUACGCCCGCGGGUACCACCGGGCGCUGGCACAGCAGCUGGGCGCGCUGGCACAGAGACCCCUCGCCGUGCCCGACCUCUACCUGCUGCUCGACUGGCACACACCCGCUUACCCCCCCGAGUACGGCGCCUUCGGGGUCUACGCCCGCGGGUACCACCGGGCGCUGGCACAGCAGCUGGGCGCGCUGGCACAGAGACCCCUCGCCGUGCCCGACCUCUACCUGCUGCUCGACUGGCACAGCAACACCUACCCCAGGGAGGUGCUGGGGCACCCUGAGGUGGGGGCCCUGCUGCAGGCGCAGGCGCUGGGGCCCCUCCUGCCCCCCGAGACCCAGCGCAGCCUCGAGAGCUCCUGCAUUGCUGCUGUCAAGGCGAAGGUGGAGGUGGCAGUGGCGCAGGAGCUGCAGCUCAGCGAGGACAUGUGGGCGGAGGAGGCCUCCAGCGAGGAGCUGCAGGAGGGACUGGCCACCCGCAUCACCGGGCUGCUGCGGGCGCACGUGGACCGAGCCCCCCAGAUCACCCCUGAGUUUGGCAUGGAGAUGGCACACAGCCUCCUGGGCGUGCUGGUGGCCUUCCUGCACAGUUUCCAGCGGAAGGUGGAGCGGUUCCUGGAGGCCCCCGGCGAAGCCACCCCACCUGAUGGUGCCACUGGCCGGGCCAUCGCCCUGGUCAACUGCUGCCCCCCCUUCAGGACCUUCGCCGAGCGCCUGGCACAGUUUGGACACCCGGAGAGCGAGGAGCCCCGGCGCCAGGCUCACGCCGCCCUGGACAAGGUGACCCGGCUCUGCAACCACGUCCUCACCCAGCGCCUCUUCGAGGACCUCAAGCCCUACUUCAACAAACUAAUGAAGCGCAAGUGGCUGACGAGCUCCGACGCCUUCGACACCAUCGUGAUGCUCAUCACCAGCUUCACCCAGAAGCUGCGCCCACUGCGCCCCGAGCCCUACCAGGUGCUGGUGAGCGAGGUGCACCGGCGGGUGCUCAUCGAGUACGUGCGGCCGCUGCUGCAGGUGCGCUUGGUCUGCACCUCGGCCAAGAUGCGUGCCCGGGUGGCCGCCCGCCUUGGGGACGAAGCCCGCCAGCUCCGUGAACUCUUCAGCCGCUUGGAUUCGGCCUCGCCCUGGCUGGAUUCGGUGGUGCCACGGUUGAGGGAGCUGCUGGUACUGGAGGACACGGCGGCGCUGCAGAUGGAGGUGGGCGUCCUGGUGAGGGACUUCCCCGACGUCCGGCGGAAGCAUGUGGCGGCGGUGCUGGACGUGCGGGGGCUGCGGGGUCAGGCGGCGCGGCAGGAGAUCCUGGGGGUGGUGCAGGACCUGGAGCAGAGCGAGGCUGAGCCGGGGCUGCCGCGCCAACGCGCCUUCUUCUCUGAGCUGGCCGUGGCCCGCGAGGUGCGAUGCCUCCCUUUCCACCUGCCGCGCCUGGCGCGCCUCUCCCGCCUGCGCCUGCGCCGCCCGCACCCCCAGCGCCCUGGCCAGGCACGGCUCUGA